GUGCUCACUCUCAUUCCAAUAAUUUUAUUAUUAUUUUCUAUAGAAAUAUAAAAACAAGGGUGAAACGCAACAAUGGCGGUGAAAGUGUACGGACAGAUAACAGCGGCUUGCCCACAGAGAGUACUGCUUUGCUUUCUUGAAAAAGGCAUCGAGUUCGAAGUCGCUCAUAUCAACCUCGACUCCUUCGAGCAAAAGAAUCCCGACUUCCUCCUUCGUCAGCCGUUUGGACAAGUUCCGGCUGUAGAAGAUGGAGACUUUAAGCUCUUCGAAUCUCGAGCCAUAGCGAGGUACUACGCGGCCAAGUACUCGGACCAGGGCACGGCCCUGCUGGGAAAAAGCCUUGAACAACGAGCCAUAGUGGACCAAUGGGCCGAGGUUGAGGCCCAAUACUUCAAUCCACUUGUUCAGCCCAUCGUUAUCAACCUCGUCGUCAAGCCCAAGUUCGGUUAUCCAUGCGACGACGUUUUGGUCGCAGAUCUCAGGUCCAAGCUCGAGAAGGUUCUUGACGUCUACGAGACCCGGCUCGGCCCGAACCGGUACUUGGCCGGCGACGAAUUCACCAUGGCCGAUUUGACCCACAUGCCUCCCAUGAGGUACUUGAUGGACGAGACCGGUCUCAGCCGGUUGGUUAAGGAUCGGCUUAACGUUAACCGGUGGUGGGAAGAGAUUUCGGCUCGACCGGCUUGGAUUAAGCUCAUGGAGAUGGCUGAUUACUAGUUCUAUACACUAAUCAUAAUAUUAAUAAUUGCUACUUCGAAUAACCUUAUUUCUCGAUCUUUCUUCUUCUUUUAGUAACUGUUUUUAUUAAAUCUGAAAUCUUUUGGUUGUGUUUCGUAUUUGAAUGAUUUGGGCAAAUGCAGAAAUUGGAUUAUCAAGGAAAUAAAAUCGUAUAAAUUAACAGAUGUUGGGAAAAAAAUUAUAAUUAAUUAAUACAAAGAUGUAAACGGUCAAAAAUUAAAAUAUAAUAUUAAUAUAAAGAUAAUACAUUUGUGGAUUAUACUCCCCCGCCAUAUUACGUAUAUUAGUUAUAUAAUAAACAGUAUAAGAUUGAACCUACCAAUUGUAUGAUAUAUUCAA